CAUUGUUGAAGCCACCUUGCAUUUUAUUCUCGCCUAUCGCUGCUAACACAUUGCGUAAAGAAAUUUCACACCUCACGAGUGCUCGCGUUAAGGCUUCGCUGACACCCGGUGUUUUACUCUGUCGGCAACUGAUGAAAAGCAAUUGAGUCAACACUUGAAAGCUGUCCGGGCUGUUGAGACGAGGGGGAGGAGGACCUAAUUUAUCCCGCACAAAUAUGGAACGCCCGGGCACUGCGUCGACAACAGCUGUGCAACUGUCAGAGGCCCAGCCUGGGCAGUCAGAAAUAAGCGGUCUAGCGAAUGCGGACGCAAACGGAGCACCUGCCCCGCAAAACGGUGCCGAGGGGCGGAAAACAACGAGUAUGGGGCCACCGCCAGGCGUGGUGGUUCCCAGGGACAUGUACAGCAUCCAUGGAGAGCAGGCCGCACGACGCCGCGCUAUCGCGGAGCUCAUAUUCUUCGCUGGCGUCAACGACCUACGGAGAUGUAGGCAGAUCGCCGUCACCUGGAAUGUGAAGGUCAACGAGCCGGCGGUGAUGGACUACGACCGGCGAACACCCUUGCACGUGUCGGCGGCGGAGGGCGCGUACAGUGUUGUGGAGUGGCUGGUGCAGGAGGGCGCGGACGUGAACGCCAUCGACCGGCACGGCCGCACGCCGCUGGAGGAGGCGGCGCGCAAUGACCACGGCGAGGUGGUGCGGCUGCUCAUACAGCAUGGCGCAAACGUGUUUGAGGAGAACAAGCUGGUGGCGCUGGACAAGUCCAAGCUGCGCGGCAUUGUGAACACGCGGCGCAUCAUGAUGAACGAGCUGGGCUGGGAGCCGGAGUGGGAGGUCAACCCCAAGGAGCUGCAGCUGGUGGAGCGGAUAGGCAGCGGCGAGUUCGGCGACGUGUACAAGGCCAAGUGGCACGGCAGCUAUGUGGCCGCCAAGCUGUUGAAGCGCUCGGACGAAAUCGCCAUUGGCGACUUCCGAACCGAGAUCGCCAUCCUUCGCAAGAUCCACCACCCCAAUUGCACGCAGUUCCUGGGCGCCUGCACCAAACAGAAGCCCUACAUCGUGAUCACGGAGCUCAUGGCCUGCUCGCUGGCGGACGCCUUCCAGCGCACCUUCUACACGCCUUCCACACGCCGCCAGGUGGAGAUUGCACUGGACUUCGCUCGCGGCAUGGCCUACCUGCACAGCCGCCGGCAGCCCAUCGUGCACCGCGACCUGAAGCCCGCCAACCUGAUGAUUGCGGGCAACCUGCACGCCGACACGGAGCAGCUGUAUCUGGACAGCGGGGUCAUCAAGGUGGCGGACUUCGGUCUGUCCAAGUCGCUGGUGCCUGUGGAGCGCCACGGCGGGCUGAGCCACGACAUCAACAUCACCUACAAGCUGACCGGCGAGACCGGCAGCUACCGCUACAUGGCGCCCGAGUGCUUCAGGCACGAGCCCUACAACCUCAAGGUGGACGUGUACAGCUUUGCCAUGAUCAUCUUCCAGCUGUUUGAGACCACGCAGCCCUUUGCCGGCCACGACCCCGUGGAGGCCGCCCGCAACGCAGCCAUGCUGGGGGCGCGGCCCGGCUUCCCGCCGCGCGGCAAGCUCACGGACACGGAGAUGUCCAUGCGUCGGCUGAUUGAGGACUGCUGGGCGGCGGAUGCGGAGAAGCGGCCCACCUUUGAGGAGAUCAUCCAGCGUCUGGAGGCGCAGCUGGCGCGGCUGCCCAAGCAUCAGCACUUCGAAAAGGACGCAGCGUGCACCGGCUGCAACGUGCAGUGAGGCGCGGAGGCGGGCGAGAGCUUGGGGGGAAGGGAGGGGUGGCAGGGAUGAGGCGCGCACGUAGGAACAUGUGUGCCGCGACCGAAGGGUUGGGGACAGGGACGCGGCCGGGCUGGGCAGUAGGUACGGGCACUGCCCUUUGUGCUAGCUAGCACAAAGGGCAGUGUAUGGACUGGGUAUGCGUAACAAUAAACACGCUCACAGCGGGUGGGUAGGUGAGCGUGCCGUACCGGAGGAGCCGCUCUCACGUUAUGCCAGCAGGCAUAGCUUCCUGCCAAGUCGAGUUGGUGGAAACAUUUCGCGACUGGGAUGCGUAGGAAACGAUAACGCUGUACGUCGAGCAGCUCACGGACAUUACGCUGGGGUCUGUGCAGCAUCUGGAAACCGUGUCACGGUGGGUUGCUAAGCUGGCAUGGCAGGCUGCGGGCGUGCAGACGACAAGGCGCUUGGAGGUGGAAUGAAUGCGGUUUGCAAAGCAGCGUAGGGUUGCGGACGGCUGAGAAUGAACCGGGCCCGACGAACCUGCGGGCCGUAGAGGGCCAAGAGCUUGCUUGCAAUCUGCGCGCUUGCGGAGGACUGCCUUGACACUCCAACAGCACAUAUUGCCACUUGCUGCAUGUGGGGCCCUUCUUAUUGCAGUGCAUCCAUGUUCACCGAUAACGAGACAUGACAGUCGUGUUGUUGUGUGCUGAGGCGAUGCUUGAGGAGUGGCGUGGCGACCCCCUUAGCUUUGCGCUUUCUGUUGCUUGGCCGGUCGCACCAUGUGGUACUCUAGUUGGAAGUGGUCUUAUGAUUCGCUUUUAAACGGUGUCGCGCACAGGGGCAACUAUUGGACGCACGCCCUGCGGAGGUGUUAGGACUGGAAAUUGUUUAGUAUGCGUAAGUCUGUGGCCGUCUGGUAUUGCGCAUUAGCGCUGGGUGUGGAGUGGAGGAUGAAACUGUUUUGGAGAAGCUUGUGUGAGUGAGUUCCACCAGUGCAACCAGCGCGCGUGUGGUUUUCAUGGAGCCGGAACCGAAGGUCCCCGUGGGGUAAGGAUGAGUGGGCUGAGCAUGUGAGGUCGGUUGAGUAUGAGACGUGGGACUUGAGGAUCCCCGUAUCUGAGAGUCUGGAGCUGAGGAUAUGCCUUGUGGAGUGCGGCAUUCCUGGUUGGCGCGCAACUUGCACAAGCAUCACGCACGAGGGUAGCAAGGCACACGCCUGUAUAAACGUCUAUGCCUCCUCCAGUGCCUUGCCCCCCGACAGUACCCACUGCGAGCAGGAGGGGUGAGGUUGUCCAGCAUGAGCCGUACCGAAUGAAUCUGGCAGGCGGGGACCAGUGGGGGCACAGCUGAGCUGCUGAAGGGCGCACCUAGCGCCCUCCGCGCCGUGUGGCAUUAUGCACGAGUGCUCCACAUCAUUGUGCUCAACAGCGUCGUGCACUUGUUUGGCAUGUCAGGAGCGCUGCAAAUCGUCGUCGACAUGGGUGUUCCUGGGGGGCUUCGCUGCUGCGGGUGCGCAGCUCAAUGAACGUGGGCGACUUCCGUUUCCCAGGUUUCGGAAUUUCGGAAUG